GCUCAAAUUAACGAAAUCUACGUUAUACGGAGUAAACGGUUCCGAUUAGUGACGCAGAUCCGAAAUGGGCUCACAGAACCCGAACUGAACAGUAGAGUGGAGCGAAGGGACUGGAAUGGAGGCGAACACGAGAGGGGACCUACCAUACGGAUGAAAAAAAUAAAUAAACCUUCCAUCUCUCCCUCCCUCUCUCAGCCGAUUCGAGCGUUGGGAACCCUAAAAAUUCGUUCUUUCGGAGGUCAGAAAGACGAGCUUCGAUUUUUAACAACUCUCACCGUUUCUGGGGUUUCAAAGGCGUAAAUAAGGUGAAUUUUGAUGGUCGGGCUGUCAAUUAAGCUCCGGAUUGAUUUGUUCGGUUUGGUGAUUCGAGGCCUUUCAUGUCCAUCCUUUCUCACUUCGGUUGAAUCAGUGUGUAUAUAUAGCUGUAUAUAUUUGUAUGUUCUUUUGGGUAAAGAGUAACUUCUUCAAGCAAGCCAUUUUGCAUAUCAAUUUUCAUGUAUAAAUAUUAAAUUUAAUUUUCAGUAUCUGUAAGUUAUUUCUAUGGUCAUUUGUACCAUUUACUUGCUACACAUUGUACCUGUAUUUUGAUAAAACAAGCAAAAUCUUCUGAUCAUGGUAUUUUUCCUCAGAACAAUCUAAGCUUCCUUUGCAUGUCUAUUUUUGACAAGGGAGGAGAGGUUUACAUGUCUAUUCUUUUUGUCUUCAAAUCUCGCAAGCCGGUUUAAUUACCUAAUUAGCAGCAUUCGAAAUGUCUCGUGCUAUAUAUUGGUUCAACUCUUCGGUGUAUUUUGAACUUAUAAAAGUCCUAUUUUUUUUUAAACUUUAAUGUCCAGGCCAGUUUAUACACACCAUGUCUAGUCUUUCAGGACUGAUCCCACUAUCCAUUACUAGAAGUUGAGGCAAAGCCCAAAAUAGUUUUGUAGUAAAUUAUCACGUGCAUCGCACGUGCACCUUUGCUAGUAAAGUAAAAGAACAAAAGAAAAAAGAAAAAAGAAAAGGAGAAGGAGAAAGAAAUUAUGAGUAGCAAUGGUUCAAUCAACUCUGCCACUGCACCGCGGCUUGGAUUGUCGGAUCCAAUUUUUACGGGCGGGCCUACCGAGUUUGACAUGAUCAAGACUCGCGAGUUGGAAAAGUUUCUAGCUGAUGCGGGUUUGUAUGAAAGUCAGGAAGAAGCUAUCAGAAGGGAGGAAGUGUUGGGAAGAUUGGACCAGAUUGUGAAGAUGUGGGUAAAGAAUAUUACCCGUGCUAAAGGGUUUAAUGAGCAGCUUGUCCAAGAAGCUAAUGCGAAGAUAUUCACCUUUGGUUCCUAUCGGUUGGGGGUACAUGGCCCCGGUGCAGAUAUAGAUACACUAUGUGUCGGACCUAGACAUGCCAAUCGAGAUGAAGAUUUUUUUGGUAAACUAUACAGAAUGCUGGCAGAUAUGACUGAAAUUGAAGAAUUACAUCCCGUCCCUGAUGCUCAUGUUCCUGUGUUAAAAUUCAAAUUCAGUGGGGUGUCUAUAGAUCUUCUUUAUGCAAAUGUAGCCCUUUGGGCUGUUCCUGAAGACUUGGAUAUUUCUCAAGAUUCAGUACUACGGAAUGUAGAUGAGCAGACAGUUCGUAGUCUCAAUGGAUGCAGAGUCACUGACCAGAUUUUACGUUUGGUGCCAAAUAUUCAGAACUUUCGUACUGCGCUAAGAUGCAUGAGAUUAUGGGCAAAAAGACGUGGGGUUUAUUCAAAUGUUACAGGGUUUCUUGGCGGCAUCAAUUGGGCAUUACUUGUUGCUCGUAUAUGCCAGCUUUACCCAAAUGCACUACCUAGUGUGUUGGUCUCAAGGUUCUUCAGGGUCUAUAACCUGUGGCGGUGGCCAAACCCUGUCAUGUUAUGUCCUAUCCAGGAAGGUUCUUUGGGGCUUCCUGUUUGGGAUCCACGAAGAAAUUUCAGGGAUGGACAACAUUUGAUGCCGAUCAUAACUCCUGCGUAUCCAUGCAUGAACUCUAGUUAUAAUGUUUCCACAAGUACCUUGCGUGUAAUGAUGGAAGAGUUUCGGAGAGGCAAUGAUAUUUGUGAGGCGUUGGAGACAAAUAAUGCUGGCUGGAUGACACUCUUUGAGCCUUUCCCGUUUUUCGAAGCAUACAAAAACUAUUUGCAGAUAGAUAUAGCUGCUGAGAAUGAUGAUGACUUGAGGAAAUGGAAGGGCUGGAUUCAGUCCCGGCUUCGCCAGCUUACUUUGAAGAUUGAGAGGGGCACAAAUAGCAUGCUUCAGUGCCACCCACACCCUGGUGAAUUUUCAGAGAAAUCCAGACCACUCCAUUAUUAUUACUUCAUGGGUUUACGUCGGAAGGAAGGUACCAAUGCCCAGGAAGGUGAGCAGUUUGAUAUAAGGUUGACUGUGGAGGAAUUUAAGCACUCUGUUGUUUGCAUGUACCACUCUUGGUGCCCUGGAAUGUGGAUCCAUGUAUGUCAUGUAAGACGCAAGAACAUUCCUGACUUUGUGUUUCCUGGAGGAAUUCGGCCUCCCCCUGCUACGAAACCUGCUGGAGAAAUGCUUUCAGUUGCAAAAACAAAGGGUGGCUCUGGGAAGAAGAGAAAGCAGGAUGAAGUUGCUUUAGGAACUAACUCAAAAGAAAUAGCUAGUAGUACUGAUUCGGGUUUGCAUGCGGAAAAAAGUGCAAAAGAACGAUUUGAUGCUGAUGUGAAGGGUAUCUCGAAUGAUGCGAGAUUUCCUGACAAUACUUCAUGCUAUGGUCCUGAAGUUGAAGAAUCAGUUAGUUUUAGCCCACCUGUUGUGCCAUCAGCUUCUCCAAGUGGUUCACCAGAACCAGGAAAAGAGAAAAUUGUCAGGGAGAAUACUCAUGAACCGUUUGUUGGCCAUGGAAGUCCUUUGAAAGAACUCGAUGAGUUUGAAAAUGAUCCUGAAAUGACUAGUCAUGUUCAGGGUUUUAUUGGGACUAUGAAAGUUGGUCUGACAGCCAAACAAGAAGUCACAGCAGAAGGGAAAGGGGCCAGUUCUUCUGCCAAGUGGUUGCAGAAUGGGAGCUUGGAUGAGCUUGAGCCUAUCGAGCUGACUGGACUGGUCUCCAAUGUAGCAUUCACUUCGGCAUCUGUGGCCCCUACGAAGCCAAUUAUCAGGUUGAACUUCACUUCUUUGCCAAAAGCAACUGGCAGUAGCGCAUAAUUGGACGUGUUUUGUAUUUCUCACGAACGUGAUCUUCUGUUAAGAUAAUCUGUGUCCGUGUUCUCAUAUGUACUUCCAACAGAAUGAUAGGUUCUCCAUUCACAUUGUAAAUACUGGGGGUGCAUUGGGAACGUGGGACAGACUUUUGCUACAGAGAAUCUUGAUUGUUAUUCUGAAGAAUGUUUCUCGGUCUAGCGAGCCAUAAUCAACAGAGAAUCUUGACCGUUUUUCUGAAGAAUGGUUCUCGGUCUAGCGAGCCAUAAUCAUGUAACUGGAAUUUCCUAGUCCCCUACAUGAACACUGAAGAUAUAUGGAAGGGAGCUGUUCACUGUUGUACUCUGCUUUUAUGGUUCAGUAACUCUGAUACACAGCAGUUGUAUUAACAAUAAGUUGAAUAAUGAAUUGAAUGAAUUCAAACUACCAUUGCAGCUUUCAA